AGGGUCUGGCUCCUCCAGGUUCAGGACCCGGUCAUGGAGGAGUGGGGGUUCUGGGGCCCCUCCUUCCUGCCGAGAGGAGCUGGGCGGGCCCGGCUGACAGGUCGGGCAGCAUAGCCGAGCUGACACUCACCUCCAGCAUAAAACCCCACUUCAUGGAGCCCCGCACCUCGCACCAGUGCUCCUGGAGCUCCCGCCACCGGGCCCCUGCCCAGUGCCCCAGCCAGGCUGAGACCAUGAGGCGGCCACCCUCCGCAGCCCUGCUCCUGCUGCCGCUGUGGUUUGGUGAGUUGUGGACACUGCGGGAAGUCAGUCCCCCACCUUCCUGGAGGGGCCCUCUGCCCUGCCUGGAGCCGUGGCCAGCCCCCACUCCUGGGACUCAGGGGACCGAGUCGUUAAGCGGGAAUCAGGGCCGGCCCCCAGUGAGCACGGGCUGUUGUGUUCCCCUAGUCUGCGGGCACCCGAGGAUGAGGAUGCUGAACCGGAUGGUGGGCGGGCAGGACGCCUUGGAGGGCGAGUGGCCGUGGCAAGUCAGCAUCCAGCGCAAUGGAAGCCACUUCUGCGGGGGUAGCCUCAUCACAGAGCGGUGGGUCCUCACCGCGGCGCACUGCUUCUCCAACACCUCUGAAACAUCCCUGUACCAGGUCCUGCUGGGGGCGCGGCAGCUGGUGAAGCCGGGGCCGCAUGCUGUGUACGCCCAGGUGAAGCGGGUGGAGAGCAACCCCCUGUACCAGGGCAUGGCCUCCAGUGCUGAUGUGGCCCUGGUGGAGCUGAAGGCCCCUGUGACCUUCACCAAUUAUAUCCUCCCCGUGUGCGUACCUGACCCCUCAGUCACCUUCAAGCCGGGCAUGAACUGCUGGGUCACCGGCUGGGGCAGCCCCAGUGAGCAAGACCGCCUACCCAACCCGCGGAUCCUGCAGAAACUUGCUGUGCCCAUCAUUGACACGCCCAAGUGCAACCUGCUCUACAGCAAAGACGCCGAGUCCGACUUCCAGCCGAAAACCAUCAAGGACGACAUGCUGUGUGCUGGCUUCGCCGAGGGCAAGAAGGACGCCUGCAAGGGUGACUCUGGGGGGCCCCUGGUGUGCCUCAUGGGCCAGUCGUGGCUGCAGGCUGGGGUGAUUAGCUGGGGCGAGGGCUGCGCCCGCCGGAAUCGCCCAGGUGUCUACAUCCGGCUCACCUCCCACCACAACUGGAUCCAUCGGAUCAUCCCGGAACUGCAGUUCCAGCAGGCUAGGUCGGGUGGCCAGAGGCGGGGCCCUGGGCUCCAGCAGCCUCUUGGUCGGAACUUUGCACCCUGCCUAGGGGCCCACGCCAUCCUCCUGGUCCUCAUAGCCCUGCUCACCUUCCUCUGAGCCCCCCUCAGACCAGUGGGCGAGUGAAGCCCCAGGUCCACGGUGUACAUUUGUAAAUAGCUCUCCGAUUCUCCCUUCUCUCAAAUGCCCGGUUAUUUUUAUUUAUGUUUAUCCUCCAAUAAAAACCC